UAGCAGUAAAUGCUGACAGUUUAGGCUCAGUGCUUGCAUCUCACUCUUUGGAACGGAGAAAUGGAGCUUAUUCAGAGCCUCCUGCUGGGGUUGAUUGGAGUUAUAGGGAUUCCUUCCCUGUUUCUUCUCUCCUGGGCAAUUUAUUAUGAUCUUUCCAGGAGUAAAAUUCCAUCUGGAUUUGACAGUCCAUUAAAGCUUCGAGGUCUUCACUGUCUUGCCAUAAUGGCAUUCACUGUGGGGAAGUGUCUUGAACUGUUGGGUGUCUGCAGACAGGUUGCCUUUAUCCGCUUCCUCAUGAAUUUCUGGAAUCCAAGAGCUGAUCCCAGCCUCUCUGCUAAAGAUCUGCAUUUCGACGGGGUUCCUGUGAGGGUUUAUCACCCCAAAGCACCAUCUGCUGCCCCAAGGAAAGGAUUUGUGUUCUUUCAUGGAGGUGCUGGGAUGCUUGGGAGCAUCGCAUUCUACGAAGAUGUCUGCAGCAAAAUUGCCAAGGAGACUGAUUCAGUGGUUGUGUCUGUUGGCUACCGCCUGUCUCCUGAGCAUCUUCCUCCCGCUCAGUACAUGGACUGCCUUGCUGCUACCAUACACUUAAUUCAAAAUGCAGCUUCCCAUGGGGUGGAUCCUUCCAAGAUCAUCGUUGGUGGGGACAGUGUUGGGGGCAAUUAUGCUACUGUUGUUGCCCAGAAACUGGUGGAGAGAUCAGACCUUCCAAAGCUACGGGCUCAAGUGCUGAUCUAUCCUAGUUUGCAGGCUAUGGACUACAACUUGCCUUCCUAUCAGCAGAACAGCUCAAUGCCCCUCUUGUUCCGGGAAAACAUUGCUUACUUUGGCCUGAAGUAUAUUGGAAAGGACCCUUCUUUGGCAGGCCAGAUCCUGAAGGGCUCUCAUGUGCCAGAUUCAAUGAGACUGAAAUACGGGAAGUGGGUGAGUCCAGACAACCUUCCAGAGAGAUUUAAGCGGAGAGGCUACAAACAAGUCCCACUUGCUCCUUUUGAACCUGAAGUCUAUAGGCAAUUGCCAGAGGCUUUAGAAGGCCAUUUUUCUUGCCUUUUUGCUGAUGAUUCUGUCAUCCAGAAGCUUCCUGAAACCCUAUUUGUGAGUGACGAGUAUGACAUAGUACGAGAUGACGGACUGCUGUACAAGAAACGUCUGGAGGACCAUGGGGUGAAAGUCACCUGGUUCCAUGUUGAAAACGGGUUUCAUGGGAUGAUAAACUUCUUCAAAGGAUUUAUCUUUGCAUUCCCCGCUGCAAUUGAAUUAAUGGACAGCAUCAUAGACUUUGUCAAAAACUUAUGACAGGAAAUCUCUUGAAUUUGUGAGUGACUCAUAAAGAGGAGAGGAUCUGCCAACUUCAGCCUCAGAUAGUUUCUCAUUUUUCCAAUCUUCUAUUCAGUUCUCCACAAUUGUAGAAAUAUGUGGUUCUUGGGGGCAGCGGGGAAUUCCUCAUGAAAAUUCACCAGCACUUUAGUGUGAAAGUUUC